GUCAUUUUGCACCACGUAAACUGCAAACGAGAGGAGCUGUCACUGUUUCUACGCCAAAAACAUCGUAUUUUUUACUAUAAUCAUGUUUCUUUAUAUUCUAAGUUGGAUUUCUACAAUAUUUCAUAUAAUUUUCCUUACUUUAGCGUUAGCAUCUGCACUAUAUUACCUGGCUGAGCUAGUGGAGGAAUACACUGUAUUAGCUUCGAAGAUUAUCAAGUUUGUUCUUAUAAUAGUUACAGUGGUAUAUGUAUGUCUUCUGGUGUUUGAGGGAUUUCCAUGGCUGAUGAUAACAAUUGGUCUUCUUUCUAAUGGGAUUUACUCAUUGAUGCUCAAAGAUUUUCCAUUCAUUGAGCUAACUUCACCUGUCUUUAUUGCUUCAAUUGUAUCUGUAUUUGUUAAUCACUACUUGGCAUUCCAACACUUUGCAAGCGUUUGGUAUCCAUUUUCUGAGGUUUUGGCUUAUUUCACUGUUUGUCUAUGGAUCAUACCAUUUGCAUUCUUUGUGUCGCUGUCUGCAAGUGAAAAUGUCUUACCAACUGCAACCACACCAGGGGAAGGCAACCAAGAUUCAACCUUUGACUAUCCUGGACAGAAAUCAAGUCGUCGACAUGGGAUCCUUGCAUUKUUUAGUUUUCUAUCACGAAAAACAGAAAGYUAUUUGCCAACGAGAACAAAAACAUUUUAGCCAUGCCAGAUUACUAGCAGAGUUCUAAUCAAUUAUCAUAAUUUUAGCUAACAUAUUGAUGACUGUUGGAAUGUUUAGAGUGAAAAAAGUCUAAGCCCAUGAAUGAAAGAUAUAAAUUCAUGUUUGASUUUAUCAUUCUCUUUUAUAUGUGCUUGUCAGUCAAAGCGUUAGAGACAAAAAUAGAUAAAUAUAUAAGUGGUCUACAUCUCCAUAGAAAAUUACUACAGAGUUUGAUGUUUAGUUCCUCUGUAAAAUAUCAAGAUAUAGGAUGCACUGUACAUUGUGGUAAUUUUGAUUCUGCAUUCAUGUGCCCGCUGUUGUUGUAAAUGUACUUUGAAUAUAUUUUAUGGUGGAUUUUUUCUUACUUAUAUUAAUAUCAAGUGCUUUUCUAAUAAACUUAAGUAUGUCUUAUUGUUAAUAUAUAUGAAAGACCUUUUGAAAUAUAAUUAUUGUUUAAUUAAAAGGAACUUUAAAAAAA